AUGCCUCUGCUUAAAGCGAGGCGUCCGUGUUCGUGUCCUGAUUAUCAGCAACCCGCUACUACCAUUCACUUAGGCUCGGAGGCCUUUUCUUUGCAGUGGUGCGAUGACUGGCAGCAAUGGGAAAAGAAAAGCAGAUUGUCUUUAGAUCGCCAUCAUAUUGACUUCUUAUGUGGUUGGGCCGCCGGAUGUAUCGAAACUUGUACGUUGUUUCCGUCAAACAAAGUUAUAUUUCGGCAGCAGCUGCAUGGUUUCUCAGCAAGGGAAGCCUGGUCUCAGUAUCCAGUGCGAUUUUUGUGCAACUUCCUGCACAGCGCUGCAACAUCCUACAUUCAGUCUACGCUCAGAUGUCCUCACUCCCCUCCAAAUACCUCGUUUACACUUUGCCAUGCUCAAGCAGCUUUUCUAGCUGGCAUUUGCGAAGCUUCACUUUGCCCUCUCGAGCGUGUUCAAGUGCUAUUACAAACUUCUGCCUUCCAUGACCGUUUCAAAAAUACCGGUGAAACACUUCUAGCCUUGAGAGCUUUCGGCUAUCGGGAAUACUAUAGAGGCAUUUCUGUUGUGGUAUUAAGGAACAGCCUGUCAAAUGCUCUUUUUUUCACUUUGAGAGAACCUUUCAAGAAAGCGAGUGACGUGAUAAAAAGCUCAGCAGCGAUGUUUACUAAGCGCUUCGUUUUAUCUAGCUAUGCUCACUUUUGCUUCUUUCGUGCCCGUUCCCUUACUUUGUCAGUUUUUAUCUUUAUUCCUCAAGUUCUUCGUAUCCUAAUUAGAUUUUUACUGUCAUCGGCAAAUAUUGCUGAACGACAUGUAUGA